UCGAGUUUUCCAUUGAAAUUUGUUAGUCGAGUUAGUCCCCUGCACUUGUCUUAGGUACUGUCAGCUACAGUAGAAAAGUAAUUUGUGUCUUAACCUGUGAUCGGAUGGCGGAUGCCUUUGUCGAGCCAUUUUGGACCUGCCCUUCCAUAAAGGGAUAGCAUUUGGAAAAAAAAGUGAAGAACACAAGACUUUGAAGUGAAGCCAUUUUUAACUGUUGCUAAUGUCUAAGUUUUUAAAGAGCUUCCAAUCAAAAAACAUUCAAAAUAAAUACAUCAAAUAUUUUGUCUUACAAAUGAACAAAUAAAUAAAUAAAAGUAAUAUGUCAACAAAAUUAAAGAAAGAGAAACCAUCCGAAGAAAAUCACAGUAACUAUGCAUACAGAAAAUAAGGAAUCCAACUGUACGGGACAAUCAGAUGAGUGGAUCGGUGGAUAUAUGGAGUCAAGAAGUAAGGAUAUUCAGCAUUCACAGAAGAACAAUGUACAGUUAUUAAAUGAGUUGAAAGACAGUGAUGAUUGUGAUGAUGAUGAUGAUGAUGAUGAUGAUGAUGAUGAUGAUCUGCUAGUUCAAAUUAAGGGGAGUGAUAUUCAAAGUGAUGAUGAUGAAGAUCAGUCAAGUUACCAAUACAAAAACGGAGAUUUUCUGUAUAAUUCAAGAAAGAAUUGACAGUUGAAUGAUGGCAACGAAAACACCAAUGGUUCUGAUGCAGAUGAAGAAAACGAUGAUGCAAUGCAUUUUACUAACAAUGAAAGAUCGAUAUCCAGUGUUGAGAAACCUUUGAAAAGACAAAAUACCAACGCAGAACCAGAUGAAAAGCCAAACUCAAAGAGGGGAAUAAAGAGACCAUAUAUCUGUUCGCUGUGUCAAGGUAGAUCAUUCACUUCGUCUUCAAUUCUGAGGAAGCACAUGAAAGUCCACACUGGAGAGACUUCUGCCAGUUCUGGCCCUAUCCGAUACAAGUGCCACAUUUGUCAAAAAGAGUAUGUAGCUACAACACUGAGAAACCAUUUCAGGAAGAACCACGCAGACUCCAAUGAAAAGCCGUUCAAAUGCCCAGUGUGUGAGGAGUCAUUUAAUAGUGUUACUGCAUGUAAUGAACAUAUAUAUAAACACAAGAAUUACAAACCAUUUAAAUGUAGCAAGUGUGAGAAAGAGUUUUGUCGUGAACUGAAUAUGAAGAUGCAUAUGUUGAAGGCACAUUCUGACGUCAAGCCUUUAACCUGUGAGGUGUGUGAUAGAUCUUUUCUCCAUCGGGGGCAGUUUAUUCAGCACAUCAGGUCAAACUGUCAGAAAAUGUUUGUCUGUGACGUGUGCGACAAGGUGUUGUCUACAAAACAGAGCUUGAUUUUACACAAAAUGAGGCACACCAACGAGCGAAACUUUCUGUGCAAAUUUUGUGGAAAGAGAUUCCUGGCUCUGUAUGCAAUGAAAAAUCACAUGAGAAUUCAUACAGGCGAAAAACCAUUUGCCUGCAACCAAUGCCCUAUGAGGUUUAUGCGUAGAAGAGAAUAUAAUAAACACAUGACCUUACACACGGGAGUCAAGUUGUACCUGUGUGAAACAUGCGGAAAAGAAUUCAACUGCCGUUCGUAUCUUACAAAUCACAAGAGGUUGCACACAGGUGAACGUCCCUAUGUGUGCGAUACUUGCGGGAAAACAUUUGUACAAUGCUCACACCUGAAACGACACGAAUUGAUACAUACAGGGAUCAAACCAUACACCUGUGUGCACUGUGGAAAAUCGUUUAAUCAGCCAGGUAAUCUAAAAACUCAUGAGAAGACUCACUCUGAAAUACAUUCCAUGAAACAAAAGAGAGGAACCAAGUCUUAAAAGAAGCAAUUGAUAAAAGUAAAUAGUCUUUAAGUUGUUGACUAAAACUCCUGAAAGACACAUUUGCAUACAUCAUUUAAGUAAACAAAGAACUGGAUUCAAAUAAUUCUCACAUGAAGUCACUUCACAUGUAUUUAUUAUAUAUGCAAAGCUUUUAUUUGCUGAAUAGACACUAUUACAGGGUACAAUGUACUGCUGAAAUUUAUGAGGUUUAAUUUACUAGUAGAGAGAAUUUAUUUCUGAUUUGUUAAGAAAUUGUAAAAUACUCAGUUCCUGACAUAAUAGCAUUUUUUUGUGCAAAUAUGCACACUCAUGUGCCUGCAAGAUUUAUAGAGAACCAUGUGUAAAUAAGAAUUCCACAUAUUUAUAUUUUGCAUUGCAUAAUUAUUUUUCUCUUUAUAUUCAAAGCCCCCCCCC